AUGUUCACUUUUUGUCCACUACAGGGCGCCCUAUCGGACUCUUCCGCUUCGCAAUCCCUUCUUGAGCUCGACGGCGGUGUCAAGGUGCUGGUUGAUCUAGGAUGGGACGAGACUUUUGAUGUAGAAAAGCUCAAAGAAAUUGAGAAACAAGUAACAACUCUAUCGCUCAUCCUCGUCACACAUGCGACAGCUUCACAUCUCGCUGCCUACGCCCACUGCUGCAAAAACAUUCCUCAGUUCACGCGCAUCCCUGUAUAUGCAACACGGCCUGUUAUUGACCUCGGCCGCACCCUCAUACAAGAUCUUUACACCUCGAGUCCCGCCGCGGCGACAACGAUUCCUCAGAGCUCCCUUACCGAGAGUGCCUACUCGCUUACUCAAACGGCUACAACUGCGCAAAACCUCCUUCUACAGUCGCCAACCAACGAAGAGAUUGCUCGAUACUUCUCCCUUAUCCAACCUCUCAAAUACUCACAACCUCAUCAACCUCUACCGUCGCCCUUUUCACCGCCUCUCAAUGGUCUGACGAUUACAGCGUACAACUCGGGACAUACUCUUGGUGGCACAAUAUGGCAUAUUCAGCAUGGCCUCGAGUCAAUCGUCUACGCAGUGGAUUGGAAUCAAGCGCGUGAGAAUGUUUUCGCUGGUGCCGCAUGGCUAGGUGGUGCCGGAGGAGGUGGCGCUGAAGUUAUCGAGCAACUAAGGAAACCAACUGCUCUAAUUUGCAGUAGCCGUGGUGCUGAUCGGACCGCACAGCCUGGAGGUCGCGCCAAAAGAGACGAGCAGCUUAUAGAUACAAUCAAGGCCUGUGUUACACGAGGAGGAACGGUACUGAUACCUGUGGACUCAAGCGCCAGAGUCCUGGAACUUUCAUACCUUUUAGAACAUGCCUGGAGAGCCGAUGCUGCUUCUGAGGGAGGCGUGCUGAAGGCAUCUAAGCUCUAUCUGGCCGGUCGCAAUAUGUCAAGUACCAUGCGAUAUGCUAGAAGUAUGCUGGAAUGGAUGGACGAUAGUAUCGUGCAGGAGUUUGAAGCUUUUGCUGAAGGGCAGCGAAAGGUUAACGGCGCAAGCGAUAAGAAGGAGGGCGGACCAUUCGACUUCAAAUAUCUACGACUGCUCGAAAGAAAGGCCCAGAUUGCGCGGUUGCUCAGCCAGAACAUCGAGAACGCCGGGACAGAAGGCCGUGUUAUCUUGGCGAGCGACAGCAGUAUUGAAUGGGGUUUCUCCAAGGAUUUGAUCAAGGGCUUGGCGCAAGACUCGAGGAACUUGGUCAUUCUGACAGACAAGCCGGGCCUGUCCAAGAACGAUAAGCCAUCUAUCGCGAGAACACUAUGGGACUGGUGGAAGGAGCGAAAAGAUGGUGUAUCGGUGGAACGAAACAGUAAUGGAGAUAAUAUUGAGCUUGUCUAUGCUGGUGGAAGAGAGCUGGAGAUUCGUGAGCCUCAGCGUCAUGGGCUGGAGGGAGAUGAACUAGCACUCUACCAACAAUGGCUUGCAACUCAAAGACAGCUUCAAGCAACCCAGCAAAGUGGAGGCGCAGCAGGACUCGAGGCAGCGGCAGAUGUUGUGGAUGACGCUUCAUCCGAGUCAUCUUCCGACUCAGAAGACGAGGAUGGCGAACAGCAAGGCAAAGCGCUAAACGUAUCGACAGCUAUUGCUCAAGCCGGCCGCAAGAACGUCGUUCUCAAGGACGAAGACCUUGGUAUCAACGUGCUCAUUAAGAAGAAGGGUGUGUACGACUUCGAUUCCCGGGGCAAGAAGGGUAGAGAGCGCACAUUCCCUAUCGCCAUUCGAAGAAAGCGACAAGACGACUUUGGAGAGCUCAUUCGCCCUGAAGACUAUCUGCGUGCCGAGGAGAAGGAGGAAGAGGGUCAGGAUAAUGCCAAUACAGAGGCCGCUGACGACAAACUUGGCAAGAAGCGUAGAUGGGACGAUGUUGCAAAGAAUGGGAUCGGUAAUAACAAGCGACCACAAGCCAUGCGGGCUGGUUCUGCCGAUGGCGAAGAGGUUGGAGCCGGUGAUGGUGCCGGCUUCAUUCCUGACGAGCUUGACACUGUCGAGGAUGCUGAGUCUGAAGAACCUAUAGGUCCAUGCAAGCUGUCGUACCAGACCGAGACCGUCCAGGCCAAUAUGCGCAUUGCCUAUGUAGACUUCAGCGGUCUGCAUGAUAAGCGAAGUCUCAACAUGUUGAUUCCCCUCAUUCAACCCCGAAAACUUAUUCUUGUCGGUGGUGAACGCGACGAAACUCUCUCACUCGCUGAAGAUUGCCGUCGAGCAUUGGGAGGCGACAGCAGCAAUCCGGAUAAUUCGGGUAGCGAGCGCUCUGUUGACGUAUAUACCCCUGAAGUGGGCGUCGUUGUUGACGCUAGCGUUGAUACCAACGCCUGGGUUGUCAAGCUGGCGGAUCCUCUGGUCAGGAAAAUCAAGUGGCAGAACGUCCGCGGUCUAGGUAUCGUCACCAUCACAGGGCAGCUUCUCGCCACACAUCUCAACGAAGCUGCAGCUGCAGACGAGGAGGCUGCCAACAAGCGUCAAAAGACUGAAGAGGCUCCUUCAACUACAACUGUUACUACGACAGCCGCGGCUAUCCCCUCGGCCACACCCGUCCUCGAUGUUCUUCCUGCAAACCUCGUCUCCGCUGUCCGCUCAGCAGCUCAGCCACUACACGUUGGUGACCUUCGCCUUGCUGAUCUACGCCGCGCCAUGCAGUCCGCUGGUCACACAGCCGAGUUCCGUGGUGAAGGUACACUGGUUGUUGACGGUACCGUGGCCGUUCGCAAGACAGCCAUGGGACGUGUUGAGGUCGAGAGUGUAGGUAUGCCAACCGCACGGAGAAGCACCUUCUAUGAGGUACGCAAGAUGAUAUACGAUAAUUUGGCGGUUGUGGCCGGUGCCUAA